GCUGGCAGUCUGGCAGACUGGCACAAUCACGUUAGUUGGCGCUUCGCUUCUGGUUGGAGAGGAGCGAGAGGAGUCCCGCGCGGCGCCUGGCCCAAAGGGACUGGCGGGGAAGUCAGAGGCCUUCUCUUACCUCUGGUGGUGGAAUAUAACAAUACGUACUACAUGACACUGUUACUUCAGGUGCUAUGUAUAUAUGAGUGAGGCUGUGUCACUGAAUGCCUCGGUUCUUCGUGUAAUAGUUACGCGGAACACUACUACUUCACUUUGAGACUCUGCGACAUAAACUUCGCGACUUUCUGCGAAGGAGGUGUCUGUCGGUCAGAUCCUGGUGGAGUGACGCUGAAUUGCCUUGGGUUCCUUUGUUCCUUGGGCCUCGGGUCGCGUGGCGCCAUGGCGGGUCGCGUCGGCUGCCGCUCCUCCUUGUUGCUGCUGCUGCUGCUGCUCCACGUGACAGUGAACGUGAGGCAAGCGGGCGGGGAGCAGCAGCCUCACUUCCUUCACCAGCAGCGCGCCCUCAAUAUGUCAGUCCAGCGAGGCUCCACCGCGUACCUGCACUGCCGCGUGGCCGACCUGCAGGACCAGUCGGUGUCUUGGUACCGGAAGAGAGGCGACGAAAUACAACUGAUCACGUUCGACUUCCAGACCUAUCACAAUGACGACAGGUUCGCCCUCAGUUACGAGCAGCCCCACAACUGGCGCCUCAGGAUCCGGUACGUUCAGGAGCGUGACGAGGGCAGCUACAGGUGUCAAGUGGGCACUCACCCGCCCCUCGCCCUCACCGUCCGCCUUCAGGUUGUGGAGGCGGCCGUUCACAUCCUGGACGAGCGCGGCGUGAUGUUACGGGAGAAAUUUUACCGUGUGGGGUCCACCAUUGAGCUGCAAUGCCGCGUGGCUGACGUGCCCACGGCCACCACCCUGCAGCUGGCCUGGUACCGCAACCGCCACCGCCUCAACUACGACGACGUGAGGGGCGGGGUGAGACCCAUGAGUUUCCUGCGUGUGGUGGCUCAGGCAUUCCUUUGGCAGCGUGAAGACAGAACUGCGAGGGUCCUUGGCUCGCUCGUGGCUCCGGGUGGGCAACGCGAUCCGCCAAGACUCGGGCUCCUACUCCUGCAACGUGACUGGUCUGGCCGCAGCCUCUGUCACUGUCCACGUGGUGCCAGACGAGUAUCCUGCUGCCAUCCAGCGCGGAGUGAGGUCGGCGGAUCAGUGGCGAGGUGUGCCCCUGCUGCUGGCUUCCCUGGCCUUUACCCUCAUUCACACUCUGCCUCACGCCCUCUCCUGCUGCAUUCUCGCCCACAGAUAACACUGACACGCACCACUGAUGAUUCUGGUUAUGACUGACAACACAAGUCCUUGCUGCGCACUUAUACUUGAUUUAGUACAAUGGUAGAAUGCCUGUUAGCGGCCUAGAUAGCUCGUCCUCUUGUUUGUUAGUGAAAUAAAGCUGAUGUCACGAAGUGGAGGUGUGUUGUGUGUUUGUUUCCUGAUGUAUCGGGAAUGUCGUCCAGUUAGCUCUCAACUUUCACUCUAUUGAGUUUUUUUUUUUUCCGAGACUUUCUCUGUCUGAAAUUAUGUCUGCAGCUGCCAGUGCAUGAUGCUAGAUAAGGUAUUAUCAAACAAUCGGUCAUCUAAAUAGCCAUAAAGAUGAAUGCCAUCACUAUGUAUUGGUGCACCUACAUAAUACAUAAUUCAUUGAUUGUUUUGGGUGAGCAGUGAUAGGGAGAUGCCAGCCGGGAGGUGGAGCUGGGGAUCACCUGACUGCUUAGUAUUCCUGACAGAUGGCCACUCGUCUGAUACGGGUGGCGCCUAACACCCACAGCAGCCAGCCUCCCUCAGCCGCCUUGAUAACGACCAGAGCCGUGGCCUGAGGCCCUGCGCUGCGUCAGGAGACUUUCUCUCGGCGUCACGGAAUGUGGCAGUAAUAUUGUUGAUGAGAACACGUUGAAAUGGUAGCACAAUCACAGGUUGUUUUCAGUACCCUCGGCUUCCUUUAACACUGAACAAAUUCACUUUAUAUUCAAAAGGCCUUAUUAGUACUUAUAUUAUAAGACGUGGCAUUAUUUAUAUUUAUGUCUCUGUACAAUUCAACAUCGUAUAGAUAAAUUGUUGUUUUGAUCGGAAUAAAAA